GGGUGGUUUCCUGAAGAACUGGACUCAGUGUCAUUGCCCGCAUUGCGGCGAGGAGCGGGUCGGCCCGCUUCAGCAGCGCGCCAGCGGUACCUGGGCAUAUAGGUGCACCAAACGCGGCUGUCAGCGAUGCAUCCUCCCUCAUGCCGAGCACCCCGUUUUCACGGCGGGCUGGGGGCGCACUUCGAAACCGCUCCGAAGCCAGGUGCGGGUCCUAUUCGGGCUCAUCGUGGGCUUGACUCACUCGCAGAAUCACUUAUUCUGGGGGGACAGCGCCUGGUUCAUCAGCGAGAUGUCGAAGCGACUCGACGCGGUCCUGGCGAAGGACGUUGCCGACCGAGAGAAACGCAUCAAAUUUGGAGACACUGUCAAGAAGGAGUGGCGCGACGCCGAGGCGGACGAGGUCGACUUGGGCAAAGAGUUCGUCACCGACAACGCCAAGGACAACCUCAGAUGGCUCCAGUGGGCUGGCAUAGUCGAGCGGGGCAGACCAAGCAGCUUGGCACUUUUCCGAACGAAGCCUAAACUUACAAGCAGGAGGGCUCCUGGCCCUGAACCCAUCAAGAAAUCAGAUUGGUACCCCAUGGCGAAAAAGUGGUUGAAGGGGCGCAAGAUUCUCUUGCACACUGACGGCGCCCGCUCAUACAAGCUGGGGCUGAACCGAAAGAACACCUUGGAUGGCGUCAUCCACGAUUACGUCACCCACAAGCCCAAGAAAGACGGGAAGCUCCUGCGCCCCAAAUACGUGCAGCUCUUCGCCCACGACAUAGAUGGGUCCACCACGUACACAAAAGGAGCAGCCAAAAAGCGACCCGCCGCGGCCAUAUCAUGCGCAGGGGGCAAUUGCACCCCCAAGAAGGGGAAAGCCAGGAUGCACGCUCGCCCGAAGAAGUUGUGCAAGGAGAAGUGGUCCAGUGUAUGGAAAAAGACACCGUAUGUUCGCCACGGCAUAACUGCGCGAUCUCGCAGAGAUCGUGCCACCUGGGCUUCGAAUAUGAACGAUAUCUUGGCGGCCAGUGAGAAGGCUUUGAUUUCGCGCCUCACCAGGGAUGGUUUCCUGAAGAAUUGGGCUCAGUGUCAUUGCCCGCAUUGCGGCGAGGAGCGGGUCGGCCCGCUUCAGCAGCGCGCCAGCGGUACCUGGGCAUAUAGGUGCACCAAACGCGGCUGUCAGCGAUGCAUCCUCCCUCAUGCCGAGCACCCCGUUUUCACGGCGGGCUGGGGGCGCACUUCGAAACCGCUCCGAAGCCAGGUGCGGGCCCUAUUCUGGCUCAUCGUGGGCUUGACUCACUCGCAGAAUCACUUACUCUGGGGGGACAGCGCCUGGUUCAUCAGCGAGAUGUCGAAGCGACUCGACGCGGUCCUGGCGAAGGACGUUGCCGACCGAGAGAAACGCAUCAAAUUUGGAGACAUUGUCAAGAAGGAGUGGCGCGACGUCGAGGCGGACGAGGUCGAUUUGGGCAAAGAGUUCGUCACCGACAACGCCAAGGACAAACUCAGAUGGCUCCAGUGGGCUGGCAUAGUCGAGCGGGGCAGACCAAGCAGCUUGGUACUUUUCCGAACGAAGCCUAAACUUACAAGCAGGAGGGCUCCUGGCCCUGAACCCAUCAAGAAAUCAGAUUGGUACCCCAUGGCGAAAAAGUGGUUGAAGGGGCGCAAGAUUCUCUUGCACACUGACGGCGCCCGCUCAUACAAGCUGGGGCUGAACCGAAAGAACACCUUGGAUGGCGUCAUCCACGAUUACGCCACCCACAAGCCCAAGAAAGACGGGAAGUUCCUGCGCCCCAAAUACGUGCAGCUCUUCGCCCACGUGCGGGUCCUAUUCGGGCUCAUCGUGGGCUUGACUCACUCGCAGAAUCACUUACUCUGGGGGGACAGCGCCUGGUUCAUCAGCGAGAUGUCGAAGCGACUCGACGCGGCCCUGGCGAAGGACGUUGCCGACCGAGAGAAACACAUCAAAUUUGGAGACACUGUCAAGAAGGAGUGGCGCGACGUCGAGGCGGACGAGGUCGACUUGGGCAAAGAGUUCGUCACCGACAACGCCAAGGACAAACUCAGAUGGCUCCAGUGGGCUGGCAUAGUCGAGCGGGGCAGACCAAGCAGCCUGGUACUUUUCCGAACGAUGCCUAAACUUACAAGCAGGAGGGCUCCUGGCCCUGGACCCAUCAAGAAAUCAGAUUGGUACCCCAUGGCGAAAAAGUGGUUGAAGGGGCGCAAGAUUCUCUUGCACACUGACGGCGCCCGCUCAUACAAGCUGGGGCUGAACCGAAAGAACACCUUGGAUGGCGUCAUCCACAAUUACGUCACCCGCAAGCCCAAGAAAGACGGGAAGUUCCUGCGCCCCAAAUACGUGCAGCUCUUCGCCCACGACAUAGAUGGGUCCACCACGUACACAAAAG